ACCGAUACCAAACUGCGCUCAUUUGCCUCUUAGUAGCACGGGAAGAGAAGACUAAACCUGUGCCUUGGGAAUUUAGAUUUUAUUCUAUCAUUUUCAAAGCCACUGUGAAUUAGGAAAAAAAAAAAAAUCUUAUGAAAAACAUAGGGAGAAUAUCACUCUAAAUAAGCCUCAUCUGACAUAUCUUGCAACAGGCCCUGUCACUGUGUGUCUGAAACGGCAACAUGACUGAAGUUAUGAGUAUGGCGAAUGUGCCAGCAGGCAUGAUACAUGUACACACAGACAACACAGCUGAUGCUAAUGAUACGAACAUGAUCAAUGAAGAAAGCCAUAAAGAGGAAGAAAACAUGACACAUGGCACAGCUGAAAUGCAUGACGAGAGUUACACGAUUGAAGAGGUGGAAAUGAACAACGUUGCAGAUGAACCACAGAAGACCACGUUAACAGAUAAGGAAGAGCCCAAACAGGAGACAAAGACCACUGGCAAGGCAAGAAAGCGAGAGAGGGUCCCGAAAACGAAUGACGCAAACAUCAUCCAAGUGGAAAGCAUGGAUGAUGUGGCUGAUGCAUCAGAUGACACGAAUGUGACAAAUAUGUCAGAAGUGGCGCUAAAACAAGAGAAACUGCUUAAAACAUCUAAACCUGUACAGAGGAGUUAUGUUCCUAAGUUGGGGAAAGAAGAUGUCAAGAAUAAGUUUGAAGCCAUGCAGAAAGCUAGAGAAGAGAGAAACCAAAAGAGAAGUCAGGAAGAGCAAAAGAAACGCAGGGAGCAAUACGUUAAAGAGAGAGAAUACAGUCGCAAGAAGCAAAUGAUAAAGGAACUCCUUGCCUCCAGCGAUGAAGAGGAAGAGGUGAAGCCGACCAAGGUAGAAAAAUCCUACGUUCCCAAAAUUACUGGCAGUGUGAAGGGGAAGUUUGCUGAGAUGGAGAAACAGAGGCAGGAGGUGGAGAGGAAAAGAACAGAAGAGGAGCGAAAGAAGCGAGCUACACAGGAGGCCAUGGAGAAGGCCAAGAUUAAGAAAGAGUUGGCCAAGAAAGCAGAGGAGGAAGGAGAUGACAGCAUUUUGGUCAGAGUGGUGCCUGCAAAAUCACAGAAACAACCAGGAAAGAUCCAGAUCAACUUUGAGGACAUGGAGAAGAGCCGAGAAGAAGAACUAAAGAAGCAGACUGAGGAGGAGAAGAAGAAGAGAUACGAUGAGAACCGACGGUCUUUCCGUGAGGCCAAGCGUCGCUCCAUGGUUGAACAGCUGGAGGAUACAGAGUAUCAGCCCAAAGAGAGGGAGCAGGUGACCCCUGGUAAACUGCGUCUGACCUUUGAAGAACAAGAAAAAGAGAGACAGGAACAGCAGAGAAAGCAGGCAGAGGAGGAAGCCAGACGCAGACUGGAGGAGGAGAGAAAAGCCUUUGAAGAGGCCAAGCUGGGCAUGGUCCAGGAUGAUGAGGACACUCAGGUUACCCAGGGGGAAAAGGAAGAAUUCAGGCCUGGUAAACUUCGACUCAGCUUUGAGGAGCUGGAAAAACAGAGACUGGAAGAGGAACAUAAGCGAGUGGAGGAAGAAAGGAAAAGACGCAUCGAAGAAGAGAGAAAGGCUUUUGCUGAGGCCAGAAAGAGCAUGAUUGUAAAUGAUGAUGACGACAUCCUGCUAGCCAUGAUAAACUCAGAUGGGGCCAUACCUGGGAAGUUAGCCAUCAGCUUUGAGGAUCUGGAAAGACAGAGACGAGAAGAGGAGCAGAAGAGGAAAGAGGAAGAAGCCAAGCGACGCCUGGAAGAGGAGAAAAGACUUUUCGCGGAAGCUCGCAAGAACAUGAGCCCUGGACUGAAUCAGGAUAAUAUGAAUGGAAGUGGAGAUGGAGAAGUACAGGAUAAUGACGAAACUCUGGUGCGGACAGAGUCACAGGAAGCAAUACAUUCUGGAAAACUAGAGAUCAACUUUGAGGAGAUGCUAAAGAUGAAAGAGGAGGCAGAGAGGAAACGCAAAGAGGAGGCCAGACGCAAGAAAAUGGAGAUGGAGAAGAAAGAAUUUGAACAGUUGCGGCAAGAAAUGGGCGAGGAUGAGAUCAGUGAAAGUUCUGAGGUGGUGAGUGCCGAGUAUGAAGAGCUAACGAAGCUGAAGCGGACUGGCUCCAUCCAAGCCAAGACACUGAAGUCCAAGUUUGAGAAGAUCAAGCAGCUUACAGAGGAGGAAAUCCAGAAGAAGAUCGAGGAGGAAAGAGCAAGGAGGAAAGAAAUUGAUGAGAAAAUCAAGGAGAGAGAGGCAGAGCGCUGUCAAGAGGAUGAAGAUGAGGACAAAACAACUCCAACAAAAGUAGAGGAUGCACCGUUCAGACAGAAAGUGGACAUGCGUGCACGGUUCGAACAAAUGGCAAAAGCCAGAGAAGAGGAACAGAAGAGGAAGAUUGAAGAGCAGAAAUUACAGAGGAUGCAAUUCGAACAAAAAGAGAUUGAUGCUGCUCUGCAAAAAAAAAAGGAAGAAGAGGAGGAGGAAGAGGGUAGUAUUAUCAACGGCUCUGCCGCCUACGAGGACGAAGAGGACCAUGCCAGGUCAGGUGCUCCAUGGUUUAAAAAGCCCCUGAAGAACCAGUCAGUGGUUGACGCUGAGCCUGUGCGGUUCACAGUGAAGAUCACAGGAGAACCCAAACCAGAGGUCACCUGGUGGUUUGAGGGUGAGCUGCUUCCAGACUCGGAAGACUAUCAGUACAUUGAAAGAGGGGAGACCUACUGCCUCUACUUACCAGAAACCUUCCCCGAGGAUGAAGGAGAGUACAUGUGCAAAGCCGUCAACAGCCGAGGCACUGCUGCCAGCACCUGCAUUCUCACGAUUGAAACUGAGGACUACUGAUGCUCUCCUUCUCUGGAACUUUCCCAGACUAUAAUUUUUUUCUUUUCUAUCUAAGUUCAUUUCUCACGGUAGGGCCAAAAACUGAGGAGGAAGGAGCGGAAUUCUUUUUUUGCCAUUCCUCCCAAAGAUACGCUCAAUAAUGAAGUGCAAUCUGUUGUUUACAUAAGAUGCUGCACUCACGGUCAACAAAAAUACAUACCUGGGAUGAAUUAGUGCCAAAAUACAGAUGCUGUUCCCAUGAUCUUUUGCUGUUAAAUAGCAAAAGUGAAAAGCAUAUCUGAAAAUGAAAUCCGCUAAAUUGAAUACAGUUUGUAGUACAGUAUGUGGUUCAUUCCUACAAUUCGGUGACAUUUAAGCCCACAGUACAACUUGUGGUAUUUACAGUAUAUUGUUUAAUUUCACCCGAUUCCAAUUUUAAUAGGCUUGGUAAAAAUACAAAUAAAAAAUUAAGACAAUUUAUAAUGUGAUACACUGCUGUGGGCCUAAAAGAUAUAUUUGAAAUAAUUGAAAUCAUUUUCAACACAUCAGUGAUAUCAAAAAUCAUUGGAUUUCUAUUUUUCCCCAUACAAUUAAGAGUUUAGUAUUACAUUCUCUCACUAACAUGUAUUUGUUUGUGGUAAAUGUGUCAUUGUAUCACUGACAGUGGAGGUUUUUUGUGUGUCCUUUGAUUGAUUUUCCAACUUGUUACGUCAUGAUACUAUGAUCUUUAACUGAAGAUACACCUAUGUUAUGAAAUGACAUCACACACACUGUUGGUCAGCCAUUCAUCAAAAUUAUUUUGAGUUAUUUGAAGUUUGUAACUAUUUUGUUUCAUUUAUGUUUCCCUUUAUUUUAUGGUGUUAGUCAUAUGUGGUCAAGCAUAAUAUGUCCACCCUGUUAUGGAAAGAUAUACAGGCAUGGGAAAUUAAUGUAAUUUAAAAAUGUCUAUAUAUUUAUGUUAACAGAAGUAAAAUCAUUAACAUAGUGUAAGAUUACAAAUAUGUUAGCUAGAAUUAAUUCACAGACCAUAUAGUGGCUAAUUUAUCAACUGAAUUCCCAACCUGUUAUUGUCCACUCUGUUAUUUUCCACUCUGACCCUGCACAUUUAACUGGAUGGACAUCUGAAUUUUAGUCAUUUAGCUUGACCAGUAUGACUAAUAAAAUCUUUAACAUGUCCCUUUAAUGAUGAAACAUUAAGAUACUUGUUAAUGUUUUAUUUUUUAAAACUUUCAAAGCCGAAAUGUCACCGAAUUGUAUAUGACCCAUGUACAACAUACAAUAUACUCACUAUUUCCUUGAGAAAGUAUUUCAUACCCUUAGAAUGUAUGAGACAUAGGCUAUUACUUGAGUGUUUGAUUCAGUAUCUGUUGUUAAAUUCUUCCAGUUAAGGGGGCUGUGGUUGCAUCUUUUUUAAAUUCCUAUAAGCACCUCAGUUCAGGCUCAGAUUUGUUUUGUUUUUUUCACUUUGUGAUUCGAGUAUGGAAAGUUUUGAAUUAAAAUGUACACAUGGAGCUUUAACAUCCCCAAAUAUUUCUAUGAUAAUGUGUUGUGAGUAAAUGAAAUGUAUGGACAGUGUAUGUAGGUUAGAAAGAGGUGAAUUUAGGUUUUAGGAAGAAUAUUUGUGUAAUGUACAAAAUUAUGAUAAAAUUAAUAAAACCUUAGAA